GGUGAAUGGGAAAGAUGAAUCAACAGCAGCAGCCACAGUUUUGUCUGCUGAAGAAAAAGCAGAUGAUAGUGAAAAACCAAUCACCCAAUUUUCAUUGCAGGAUUCUCAAUCAUUAAUCUCUUAUCCACCUCCUACUUCUUUAAGUAUUUCUCUUUAUCUUUUUGUUACAUGUGACUCUUUUGAAGAUUAUUACUAUUGCAUUAGAUUUUUUUAUAGUAAAUGAUAAUUUUUCUAUUCCUUUUGUCAAAUAAAUGUUGUUGGGAAAUUAAGCUGCAGGGAUGCCCAAGGACAGGGGUGGAUGCUGUGCUUGCAAAAGUGGAGAUUGAAAAGAAAUUCUCUCUUAUCAAAGCAUGGGAAGAAAACGAGAAAACAAAAGCUGAAAACAAGGCACAUAAAAAGUUAUCAGCCAUAGAUGCUUGGGAGAAUACCAAAAGAGCAGCUGUGGAAGCAGAACUGAAGCAGAUUGAGGAAAAGUUUGAGAAAAAAAAGACAGAAUAUGCAGAGAAGAUGAAGAAUAAGGAGGCUUUAAUUCAUAAGGCAGCUGAGGAAAAGAGAGCGACGAUUGAAGAAAAUCGCAGCAAAGACUCUUUGAAUGCAGAGGAAAUGGCUGCCAAAUAUCGAACCACAGCCACCAUACCCAAGAAAUCGUGUGCAUGCUUUACUUUCUAAUUCUGCUUUCUCAUCCAUUGCACUUUUAUUUCAUGUUUUAGGCCUACUUUUCUCUUCAUUGCUUCAGCUUUUGGUAGUUUCUGCUUGGUUUGUUAUUACUGUAUGAUAUAUUUGGAUCACUCUGUAUAAAUUAUAACUCUUUAAUUCUUUUUUAA